GUCACUGAACCUGUUGCUCAGGGUAUGGCAAAGAGUGCAGCCGCCGAGCACUGUCUUUCCACCAAGGCUCUGUGCUUCUUCAUUCUAUGGAUUUGUUCGUGGUCAAUGUCGCCCACCGAUGCUGCCUCUCUUUGCUACAGCUUCACUGUUGGCAAGUCAGGGUCUGGACCAUGGAGGGACAGAGUCCAAGGCCAACUGAAUGAAGAGACCUUCCUUUCCUACAACAGCGUCAACAACUGUCAUGUCUUUGGUGUUCUGGGGAACAGACUGAAUGCCACAAAGAUCUGUGGAAAGCAGAAUGACACUCUGAAGGAUGGACUUGACCUGAUCAAACACCAAGUGAUUCAUAUGAUGCAGGAGAAUAAUUCCAUCAGAGAGGCCCUCAUUGUGCAGGCCAAGAUGUGUUGCUGGCAUGAAGGAGAUGGACAUUUCAAUGCAUCCUGGGAUAUUGGCCUCAAUGGACACCAAAUGUUGCACUUUGACCCAAGCACUGGAAAACUGUCUGAAGUUGGUCCUGGAUCCAACGGGAUUAAAGAGAUGUGGGAGGAAGACAGGGAUGUCACUGACUUCUUCAAGAUGACCUCACAGGGAGACUGUAGGUCCUGGCUUGAGGAGAUAGAGUUGCACUUGGAGAAAAAGCUGGAGCCUACAGCCUCACCAACAGCUGCUCCAGAUGUGAGCCAGCAGCCUGUGUCACUGGCCAUCAAGCCCAACAUCUCAGCCCUGCUGAUAAUCCUCACCUGCUCCCUCCUGUUUCUUAUCUGA